AUGCUUUUGAGCUUACUUUCAUACAUAACUGGUUCGGUACAACAACAGCAGACUAUAGGCUUAGGUUCUAUACAAACAACCGUGCCAUGGAGGGCUGGUCAUGCUGCAGCAUUUCAAUAUCCUUAUGUUGUUGUAUAUGGUGGAACACAACAAGCAAUUACAGCAAAUACAGCUACUGCUAUAGGCUCAAAUGAUGUUUGGAUAUGGGAUAGUCGCAAUGGUUCAUGGUAUAAGCCCACUAUUCAAGUGCAAGAAGGAGUUAAUAUGCUUCCACAAAUCUAUAUCAAAGCAACAUCCUUGCCAAGCCAAGGACAGAUUUUAGCUCUUGUCAGCAAUAUAACUACGGUAGCAAAUGGACCUGCAACGGGCGUAUUACAAAAACUUGAUCUCAAUAGCUGGUCUUGGAGUUUUCCUACAACAAACUUUCAAGCCUCUGCACGAGUUGUUGGAUAUACAAUGGGUACUAUCAAUAACACUGUCUUUACUUAUGGUGGAACUUCAGCCGAUAGUCGUGGAUAUCCCAUGUCGAAUGCUAUGCAAAAUACACUGUCGUUGAUGGACGCUAACAAUUUCCAAUGGACUCCCGGAGCCAACGGUUUAGGGUUAGCUGAUCACUCUACCUGUUUUUUGAAAGCAUGUAAUUGUUUGGUUACAUUUGGUGGAACACCAACUGGAAACCCUACUGAUGUUACAGACUCAGUCAGUUUUUAUGAUUUGAACAGUAAAGUCUGGAAUGUGCAGGGCAUUCCAUCAGUACCCGGUUCAAGCUCACCAGCAGCAAGAAGACUGCACACUGCGACCUGUUUGGACAAUAUCAUGGUUGUAUACGGCGGUGGAACUACCCAGCCGACAGCAGAUACGGAUGUUUGGAUUUUGAAUGCCACUGCUUAUCCUGCGCUUGUAUGGCAAAAGGUUAGCAUGGCAAAUCAAAACGAAGGACCCAAUAUACGUAUGGGUCACUCAGCUGUAUUGGACGAGGCUGAUAAAAAGAUCUAUAUAUUUGGAGGAUGGGGAAUCAGUGCUGACAUCAACGAUUCGAAUAUGUACAUUCUGGAUACUGAUAAAUGGAGCUGGACACGAGUAUUACCAACAGGAUAUACUUCUGGCACUUCACAAGUAAAUAAUACCAGUAGCAGCAAUAAUAGUGAUCGUAACAAUGACGGCCAAAAAAAUGGAAUCAACACUGGUACAAUAGUAGGUGCUGCCGUUGGAGGCAGUGUUGGCCUCGUUUUAAUUGCAUUCGCCGCGUUCAUUCUACUGCGAAAAAGAAAACGACAGCAAAUUGCGAAAAAGGGAGAUUUUCAUUCGAACAAUUUUUCAGAAAAAGUCCCUCCAGUACAUGGCUAUAAUAAUGAUAAAGAUGACAAUGGGCCUUAUUUAUACGCAAAUGAAACACGCCAACCCCCUAGCGAUGAUAGUGAUGACGACGAUGACAAUUACUAUGUAGUAGGUGGAGGUAUGAUGAGGGAUAAUCAGCGUAGAAGCCAUAAUCAGUUAUCGAAAGCAUGGACAGGAACACAAAUAUCACUUGCUAGGCAUUCAGAGAUUGGUGAUUACAGUGAUAAAGUUAAAACAGGAAUACUAGAAGCUAUGAAUGACAACGAAACAGUUGCUGCGACUCAUGGAUCGCGGAGUCCUCGAGUCUCUACUUCAUGUAGGGCUUCCAAAGUACUCUUAGUCUCACCAACAGAAGAUAUUCACAAUGGCCAAGUACCGAAUGAGAUAAUAUCACAGAAACCAAAUGAAUUUUCGGUACAGGCUACACGGCAUCAACCGCAACAGCAACAUCAUUAUCAUGACAAUUAUGACGUGCCAGUUGAGCACCUUACCGUAUCUAAAAAGAAUAAUGAAGGGAAUUCAGGGUUAGUAGCAGGACCACUAUCAUAUACCUCAAUGGAAGUAGCUUUAUCUCCGUCAAGGCCACUUACAACAACUAAUUCUUUGUCAGUAAGUAACGACGACCGACAGGAGACAACUCCAAUACAGUAUAUAUCCGAAAAAUUUUCAACCAAUCCGUUGAACACUGUUUGUAAUUCGACGCAGACAUGGGACACUAACAAUAUACCACUUUUCCAUCAUCACCAGACUGUAUACCCAUCCUCUACUUUAAAUAUGCCUAUGGCACAAACAGCAACUCCUUCGGUUACUACUAAUAAUAGUAGUAGUCACCUUCAGCGCGUGUGCGGCACAAACAUAUCACCACAGGUCAACAUCUAUAAUACCGUUAGCCCUCUGGAUGCUCUAGCUUCACUUGGUCAACAGCAACAACAACCGGUUGCGACGACAUGUAAAAGCAGCGAUAACAAUAAGGACAACACUGUUUCGCAUAAUGCUUCUUCAUCAACAACAAUUACUACUACUAUUCUCUCCUCUACUUCUACAGCAUCAUCAGCUUCCUUAUUACCACACGAAAAAGAAAAGAUCGAAGAGACUUUCUCUCAGUUCCACCCUUUAAUUUCUGCUUUACCUCAAAAAUAUCAAAUUGAUAAAUCAAAAAAGCCCAUUAGUGGCCCAGCAAAUACUAUACUGUUUGCUACGCUGAGCAAUGAUGAAAACAGCAGCAAACGACAGGUAGUCAUUAAAGUAUUUGGUAGACGUGAAGCCUGGGAAAGAGAAUGCCGAACGUUGGUCAAAUUAAAAUCUCCGGAUAUAGUGGAGAUAUUGGAAGUACUGACUAUACAGCAGCAAAGCGAUGCUGUUAUGAAUGAAACUAACAACAAUGAAGAUUCAAAAAUCAACUAUUUAACUGUAAUGGAAUAUUUGGAUGAAACUCUCAACGAAUUCAUUAAGCACAGGAAAAAUAAAAGAAGCAGUACUCUUGAUGAUGAUUGCAGCGUUAAUGCAACAGCAGCAAACGGUAAAAUUGCUAAGGACAUUUUGAGAUGCUUAUCUUGGUGUCAUAAUAGGGGUAUUGCCUUCUGUGAUUUGAAGCCUAGUAACAUUAUGCGACAAUUUAAGUCAGGAGGCUGGAAGUUGAUUGAUUUUGAGGGAAGUCGCACUAUCAAUGAAGAGUGUGUAGGAGUAAUUACAGCACGAUAUUGUUCUCCUGAGGUGGCUCGCGCAACCACUUAUGGGCUGGAGGGCGCUAAUGGCGUAGUUGCUAUGGCCAGUAUUGAUCUAUGGUCACUAGGUUGUGUCAUUUAUGAAUUGGAAACUAAGAAGGCGUUGUUCUCCAACAAUAUGAAAGAUGAAACAAUUCUUCAUUUCUUAUCGCAUCCAUCCCCUACAACACCCAUCCUUAAUAAUGGUCUUCGAUGGAAUGACAAUAAUGAGUUAGAAAUUCCUCAAUUGGAAAGGCUCAUCCCUGAUAUUCAAACGAAGCAGUUAAUCGAAAUUUUACUGAGCACAGAUCCGAAUAAGCGUGGAUCAGCAGAGCAGCUACUGCAACACCCGUAUUUUUGUUAA